AUGAUCACCAAAUCGAUCCAUGAUCCUAGUCCUGUCGAAGUUCUCGAAACACAAUCAACUAACUCUGAGAUAUGCAUCAAAACGACGGUCGCUCGAUCGAAAACAUCAUAUGUCGAUCGAGGAAAAAAACGAAAAUUUCUGUUUGUGAUACUAUGGACGACUGUGACAGUGUUUAUCGUUUUAGUCGUGAUACUUCUAGUGACAAAUGCCAAGCAUAAUGUAGCUGAAACAACAACUGUUACCACACCAACAGCAGUAUCUACAACAGGAUCAGCAUUGGUACAAACAUCAUCAGGCACAAAUAUAUCGUCUACUACAGCACUUUCAUCGUCAGCCACCUCCGCACCAACGACAACAGGAAUGGCGAGUCAGCUACCGCUUGUCAGUGCAGAUGGAACGAUUCGAGGUGUGUAUAAUACAACUGUUGGCGCUAGUAGUACUGGCUCAACAGCCGGUACUGGCGUCGGUCAAUAUGCAGCGAGUGAUCCACCAGCUAAUGCAUGUGAUAAUGACACAUCAACAAAGUAUUUAAAUCUAGGAUCAUGUAAUCAAACCGAUAAUAGUUCUCUCUGCGGUUUGAACACUGGUCUCUAUCUCGAACUACAACGUGGGUCAUCUUUAGUUACCGGUAUACAAUCAUGCACUGCAAAUGAUUCCCUUGAAAGUGAUCCACUUAUUGUAUCCUUAGAAGGUAGUAAUUUAUCCGGAACGAAUCUUACGCUCGGUAUUAGUUGGUCACUCAUUUAUAAUGGUACAAGCGGAUUAGGUACGGAUCCUGGUCGAUCCAGUUGUGGUUCUAUCCAGUCAAUAAAUAAUUCAGUUCAAUACAAGAGCUAUCGAUUUCUUGUUUUUGGCAAACGGUCGAUGUCGAAUAGUGUUCAAUAUUCCGAAGUUCGAUUGUUUGGAUACUAG